ACUAUGGAGGAUUAUGAUGAACUUCUUAAAUACUAUGAAAUAUAUGAAACUAUUGGGACAGGUGGCUUUGCAAAGGUCAAACUUGCUUGUCAUAUCCUCACUGGAGAAAUGGUAGCCAUAAAAAUUAUGGAUAAAAGUACACUUGGGAGUGAUUUGCCUAGGGUAAAAACGGAGAUUGAGGCCUUGAAGAACCUGAGACACCAGCAUAUAUGUCAACUGUACCAUGUACUAGAGACAGCCAACAAAAUAUUCAUGGUUCUUGAGUACUGCCCUGGAGGAGAGCUGUUUGAUUACAUAAUUUCCCAGGAUCGCUUGUCGGAGGAGGAGACUCGAGUUGUCUUCCGACAGAUCAUAUCUGCUGUAGCUUACGUGCACAGCCAAGGCUACGCUCACAGGGACCUCAAACCAGAGAAUUUGUUGUUUGAUGAAUACCAUAACUUAAAGUUGAUUGACUUUGGUCUGUGUGCAAAACCCAAGGGUAACAAGGAUUACCACCUGCAGACGUGCUGUGGGAGUCUUGCUUAUGCAGCACCUGAAUUAAUACAAGGCAAAUCAUAUCUUGGAUCAGAGGCAGAUGUUUGGAGCAUGGGCAUACUCUUAUAUGUACUUCUGUGUGGAUUUCUACCCUUUGAUGAUGUUAAUGUCAUGGCUUUUUACAAGAAGAUUAUGGUGGACCCAAAGAAACGAAUUUCUGUGGAAAAUCUGUUGAACCAUCCCUGGAUCAUGCAAGAUUACAACUAUCCUGUUGAGUGGCAAAGCAAGAAUCCUUUUAUUCACCUUGAUGAAGAUUGUAUAACAGAACUUUCUGUACAUCACAGAAAGAACAGACAGACAAUGGAGAAUUUAAUUUCACUGUGGAAAUGUGAUCACUUGACGGCUACCUAUCUUCUGCUUCUAGCCAAGAAGGGUCGGGGAAGGCCAGUUCGCUUAAGGCUUCCUUUGUCAUAUGGACAAGCCAGUGCUACUCCAUCCAGAGACUUGGAGUCAAAGAAUCUAAGUCUAGAAGAUGUGACCACAAGUGAUGAAAAUGAUGUGGAUGGAUAUGUAGACUAUGAGUGGUGUGACGCUAAUUCAUCAAGAGGUGUGGCUACUCCGCAAACACCACAGUUUGCCAAGCUUCGGAUAGAACCAAAUGAUCUAGAGUCUAAAUCACGGACUCCAGUGUUGUGCAGAGCAUCUGCAAAUAAAUCAAAGAACAAAGAAAAUGUAUAUACUCCUAAAUCUGCUGUAAAGAAUGAAGAGUGCUUUGUAUUUCCUGAGCCAAAGACUCCAGUUAAUAAGAACCUGCCUAAAAGGGGAAUACUUACUACACCAAACUGUUACACUACACCCUCCAAAGAUAUCAAUCAGAGUCUGAAAGAGACCCCAAUUAAAACACCCGUAAAUUCAGCAGGAACAAACAAGUUAACGACAGGAGUUAUUAGCCCUGAGAGGCGGUGCCGCUCAGUGGAAUUGGAUCUCGAUCAAGUCCAUGUAGAAGAUACUCCAAAAAGAAAAGGAACCAAAGUGUUUGGAAGCCUUGAAAGGGGGUUGGAUAAAGUCAUCACUGUGCUUACUAGGAGCAAGAAGAAGAGCUCUGCCAGGAAUGGACCAAGAAGAUUAAAGCUUCACUAUAAUGUGACUACUACCAGAUUAGUGAAUCCAGAUCAACUCUUGAAUGAAAUAAUGUCUGUUCUUCCAAAGAAGAACGUGGACUUUGUACAGAAAGGAUAUACACUGAAGUGUCAAACACAGUCAGAUUUUGGCAAAGUGACAAUGCAGUUUGAACUAGAAGUGUGCCAACUCCAAAAAUCCGAUGUUGUGGGUAUCAGGAGGCAGCGGCUUAAGGGCGAUGCCUGGGUUUACAAGAGAUUAGUGGAAGACAUCCUAUCUAGCUGCAAGGUGUAA